AGCCAGUUAAAACAGUCAAGCGAAAAGUUCUCGAGCCCCACUUCUUGUCUGAACGUCUGCCAGUGAAGACCGGGAGGGAACCAACUAACACCACACAAAAUGAGCGACCUCAGCAAGAACGACAUCGAAAGGGCAUCCUUCGCCUUCUCCAUCUACGACUUCGAAGGUAACGGCAAGAUUGACGCAUACAAUGUCGGCGACAUCCUGAGGGCGCUCAACUCCAACCCCACUCUUGCCACCAUCGAGAAACUCGGCGGCACCAAAAAGAAGGGCGAGAAACAGCUCACGCUCGAAGAGUUCCUUCCCAUCUACAGCCAGUGCAAGAAAGACAAAGACCAGGGUUGCUACGAGGACUUCCUGGAAUGUCUGAAACUGUACGACAAGGCUGAGAACGGUCUCAUGCUCGGCGCUGAGCUCACACACACCCUCCUUGCCUUAGGUGAGAAGUUAGAGGACAAUGAAGUAGCGGAAGUCACAAAGGAUUGCAUGGACCCUGAAGACGAAGACGGCAUGAUCCCAUACGCAUCAUUCCUGAAGAAGGUCAUGGCGUAGAAGAUCAAAAUAUCGUCAUAUCUUUAGUUAUAAGAUCGUUUUCUUCAAAGAUUGUGCAACAAACCAGUGACAGCCCCCGCCGCGGCGCCCGCCCCCGCCGCGGAGAGCUAAGCGCCGCGCCGCACCGCACCGCCGCCCCGUACGCACAUCUUAGAUACGGACCCUUUUUAUACGAACAUCACAUCUUAAUAUCUUUUUGUACAAUUGACCUGACUGUACAUAAUAAAGUAAGAUUAAAGAAACUACUGUAAACGCGUGUUGUACGUGUCUUUUUAAUAAACUUUUAUUAUUAUUUUA